AGAGACAUCCUGCCUGUCAUAUCCAGCAUCAUGGAAGCCAGCUUAAUUAGCGAUGUUGAUACUAAUGAAGAACCGUUGCUAAGUAGCAGCAUUGAUGAAGUGAACAAUAAACCAUCUUUCACUGCUAAGUCUUUCUAUAGGAACAGCUGCACAACACCAAAGUCCAGGGUUAAGUUACCGUUUUAUCUCCGUUACUCUCUUGGUGAUAGCAACUUAGGGAAUCACGGUGAAACAUCUCACUUGGCAGAUGUGACGAAUAUCUCUGAGACCGGUUUACAUUCAGUUCCUGAAGGUCACUGGAAGAUUGAUACACAAACUCCUCCGCAUUCUUCUGCUGCAUCAGCUUCUUCUUGUCAUCCCGAAGGUUCAAGACUUGCAUCUGGAGUUCAACAUCGGCGCCGACCAUGCUAUUACAUCGAACCAAGUAAACGAUUAAAAUCCAUCCAUUCAGCACAGCAAGAGUCAUCGACUAAAAUUGUAAGUGAAGACAUCAUAAGAAGUAUAAGAGUAGAGAACAUUAGUGCUGUAAUGCCACGCACUCCGAGUAUUAUCACAGAUAGCCCUACCACCACUGCAGAUAACAGUGGUGGCUGUGGCAGUGAGCGCAAGUUCUUUAAGAAUCGUCCGUCCUCAGUUACCACUUCUCAGUCCCCGAUGCUGACAAAACGUGGUGGAGCUGGUAGCACCACCGUUGUCUGUCGAGGGUUCAGCUUGAAUUUUGUGCCUCGUCGACUCAGUGCUAGUUUCGAGAAAAGGGUGGGGCAGCAGAAAAAGAGGAAGUCACGUAAUCCUCGUCGACCACAGCGGAAAAGAAGCAACAACAGUGGCUGUGCCAAGGACGAGAAACCACUACCACCACUUUCAAAUAUAUUUCCCGAACUUGAUCUUCAGCCUCUUUCUUCUCCUGCUGCACCCCUUCCCACAAACACCUGUGAUCACCUCAUAAAUCCUCAGCAACAAUGUGAUGACCAGUUAUCUACAGCUGAAAAUGAUUGUACCUAUUCCAAUUCUUGCGGUGGUUCAAGUUCUUCCUUGGUUCACUUUUCAUCUGACUCUAACAGCUCAGAAAGCUCAACCCUCCCAGAAAAGCCCCGCCUAUUUCCAAUCUUUUCCAACAGAAGGAACAGGCUACGUGAAGCUUCUUUAAAGGCUGCUUCUGAGAGUAGCAUUCUGUUGCCGAAAUUCAUUAAAGACAGUGCUGAUGCUAAACAGUUGACUUUGGAUGCCGGACAGAAAAGGUUUGGUGCCAUACAGUGUCCCCAAUGUACCAUGUUUUAUACAAGAGCUGACCCUGUUGAUGAAACAACGCAUGCCAAAUUUCACUACUCGCUGUUGACCACUCUCAAGUUUACGGGCUGGAAGAAAGAAAGAGUUGUCCAAGAAUAUUCUGAAACAGGAUGUCGCAUCAUACUUGUUCUCCCCGAUGACCCAAAAUAUGUUAUCCGCAAGGUGGAAGACCUCAAUCAUGUAAUGGGCCAAGAACUUGGGUUUCCUGACAGCACUUUAUCAUUCCAAUGUAACUACAAGAUCUUCCUGUAUAUCUCUGAUGAGAAAAGAAUAGAUGGCUGUUGUAUUGCUGAAGCAAUUAAAGAGGGUUUUCGAGUUGUACCAAAUAGUCCCAACGAGCAGAGUCAAACCCAGAUGAAGCAGGGGCGUCGGCCCUGUUGCUGCCGCACUGAGCCAGAAGCCUGUCCCAUUGGAAUCAGUAAAAUCUGGGUGUACGGUCCGAGCCGACGGACUAGUAUUGCUAGUAAACUGCUUGACUGUGUACGACACUGGUUCCAAUACGGUGUACCCGUGCCAAAAAACAAACUGGCUUUCUCUGAUCCAACUCCUGAGGGGAUGUUGUUGGCCACCAAGUAUACAGGAUCAAUGUCGUUCCUUGUCUAUAAAUGCCAAACUAAUUACAAUCAACAAUAAACUGCUAUGUUGGAGCUAGGUGUUUUGGAGCUUUUCUGCAGCACAUGGGGUUGCCGCAAAUGCUUCUACCAACUGAAUGCAGGAUCUGUCUUUGUAGCAUGUAUAGACUACUACUGCCACCACUGUUCUCUACAUGAAGACCUAAGUGUUUAUGGUAUUUACCUGUGGUAUCCUGAGUUUGUUGCUGUUGUAUCAUCACCCUCUCCCCACCAUGUGGCCCUGUGCACUCACUGGUUUAUUACAAUCACCACCAACUGGACAUGAACUGAUUUUUCAAUCUUUGUUGUAGGACCACAAUUAUAACUUCAAGUUCGUUUGUUUUAUUCUUCUGGUUGUAAAAUAAAUUUUUUCUUCAAUC